AUUUGAUGUCGACCAAAGCCAGUUCAUCCAAGUCAUCGCCGAGUGGGCCUAAGCGCGAGCGAAUCGAGCGAUCAAACUCGUCGAGCCAGUCGCAAGAAUCUGACUUCCUCGUUGCCCUUGGUCGACAGAUCAAAAACGACGCUCUGAGAGAUGCAGCCGGGACGAAGCAAAGAUUGGAGAAGCUUGUCCAGUUUUUGCUGAAUGUACACUGGCCAUUCAGCUUCGAAUUGAGUGUGAGUAAGAUGAAUGAGAUGUACCCCUGUCCCUCUAUCUACUCCUUCGCAACAGACGAGGCCAGAUUCCUCAACACCCAAUGCAUCAACUACAUCAUCUGCCAUGGAGACACCAUGCAAACAUUCAAACAAGAGUUGCAAGUGUUCGAUGACUCGAAAGUGUGUGGUCGAGUGUGGAAGCACAACUUCUUGGCCUACAGAUGCAAGACGUGUGCCCUGUCGCCUUGUAUGUCCCUAUGUAAUGAGUGCUUCCAUCAGGGAGACCACAAAGGUCAUGACUACAACAUGUUCCGCAGUCAGGCGGGUGGUGCCUGCGACUGUGGAGACGAGAAUGUGCUGCUACCGUCUGGUUUUUGUGUGAACCAUGGUCACCAGAAGCCAGAGAAGGGAGCGCCGGACAGACUGUUGUCGACGGCCAAAGUCAUCAUUCCCCACUUGCUGCUCAGACUGGUCAGCUCUCUCCGCCAAUACGAAAUUACAGUUUCGCCGAGGAAUUCGGUGGACGACAAGUCUCUGGAUUUCAACAGUAUUGUGGCAUGGCUUGAAGAGCUAACUCUUCUGGGACAGGCCAUGAGAAAAACGAUCACCCAGUUGAUGCUGUGCCAAGAGACCUAUUUGGAGAUGACAAAGUAUCUAGAGACUGUGGCUAACCCGGAGAGGCUGUCAGAUCAGCUGUUCGCACAAGAAGAGUUACUGAACUACCAGAAAAGCAGAGGAUAUGAUGUGGUGAUGAAGUCGGGCCCCCCUCUGAGGGUGUUUCCGAACAAAAAUUUCAUCGAGGAGAUCUUCUUCUGGGGUGUGGUGUAUGGACUACCAGAGCCACUAACCACUUUCUUCCUCAAUCUGCUACCAGAUCAACAGUACAAGAAUGAAUUUGCGCGGGUGUUUCUGCGCCACUACCCCUCCCUUACCCACACUCUCCUCAGCAGUCCCUCCCGCAUUGACGCCAUCGGAAACAACAUCGUCCAUAUCAGUGUGCAGCUGUUCUCCAACGAGUCUCUAGCCCUCGAGAUGGUGCUAUCCGACGAAGACCUGCUGCAUGUGCUCCUUACUUGUCUAACGUACAUGGUACAACAGCUCAGUGUCCAGUCUUCCCUUUUCGAAGGAGAGUACCACUCGACCGUGGACGUUUCCAUGGAAGUGGUGUCCAGGCACUGCUACUGGUCAAUAUUCUCUGACUUCCUCAACCUCCUCGCCCACUCGUCUGUCGUGGCGGUGUUCCUCCGUUGCACUCCCCUCAUGCGCAAAUAUUCCCAGAUCUUGGAGAGCUUCACAGGUAUGGAUGUGCAGAAGAGGGCUCUGUUCGAACACAUUGAGUACGAGAGUGGCAAUUACUUGACUGCAUUCAGUGUGGAAAUUGAAGCCUGUGCUUCCCCCAUUUGGUCUCUUGUUUAUCACCACUCUCUCAUCAAUAAAAAGAAUAGCCUGGAAUUGCUGCGGAUUCUGCACACGGAUCUGCUCGAUACCAUCACAGCCCUCGGUAUCAACAUCGACUCAAAGCAGCUCUACCCGGACGACGUCUGUUUCCACUGGCCAUUACACAGAUCCUUCAUCAUCCUCCUCACUCGCGUGCUAAACAAACUCGACUCCCCAGAGGAAGGGAGACAGCUCAAGGACCAAAUAGGACUUAGUAAAGAGACAGUGAAGCAGGUGAUGUUUGCUCCCCUACACCUGUUGUGUAGAGUGAAUGAGAUCAUGUGCAAUGUGUGGGUGCGCAAUGGACACUCGGUGAUGCAGCAGAGUGUCACCUACAUGCAACCGCAUUUUAGCCACUCUCUUGUAGACGCCGAUCUUCUAUUCGUGCAGUUCGCCGCCUCGUAUCUCAGUGGGGACUACUUUCUCGACCGAGUGCUAGCAGUACAGGGUAUGAAGCACUGGUUUUCGAUAGCCGAAACAAGUGCGGAGGGCCGACUGUCCUCGGAUGUCGAAAUCUCCCUGGCAGAAUCCAUCCUCCGACUGGUGGCUCUUGUCGUAAAUUCUCGCCUGUCACUGGGCAUGGAGGAGGAACAGUUUUGCAAGGACGAACUGAUGGCUUCAUUGUCUGUAGGAGACAAGCCAUACAGUCAACUCAUGGACAUUGUGACUGAAAAAAUGAGCCAUAACUUAUCUAACGAGUUCAAGGAAAUGACGGAGACUAUGAUGGAGAUGUUGGCAGUGUUCUCCCCACCUGGACUGGGCUCAGAUGGGGUGAUGCGACAGGGUAUCUACCAGUUGACUCUGCAAUCAUGGCUUCUCAGCUUCGACCCCCUCCACACUUCCCUCCGCUCAAUCAGGAAGAGUGACUUCCAGAACUCCAUGCACAGAUACUCAAAAAUGAUGGCGGAUAACGGCUACUGCUCAGCGGCUGAUAACCUAUGGCCGCCCUUCAAACCAUUGAAGCCAAUUAGUUUUCAUUACGAGAAGAUUCUCUCCAUCUUGGAAUCAAAGACACUCCUCGGCAUCAUAUUUACAGUUCUUUUCAAGGCAAUUAACUCUGAGAACUCCCUCCCUGAAUCUCUGUUGGCAUUAGCAGUGCACUUACUCUCUCUAUCCCUGGACCACUGUUCAAGAAACUCACCAGCCUCCGCAAGUAGUGCAGAAACAGUUGCAGGUGUCCAAGACAGACCCCUAUCUUUCCAUGAUGCUGACUUUGCCUCUUGGUUUCCACAUAGAUCCGUCGUGGACAAUUGCUCCGCUUACAUAGGAAGUGUCAAGACGAAAUAUCAGCUCACAGGUAUGACGGCUACUUUCGAGAUGAUUAAUGUGGAAGAAGAUAUAGUGAGUCUAUUGAUUAAACUGCACAACAAGCUCCACAGAGAGGGCAAAGGGUACAGUCUGGAGGAUCUGCGGGAGUCCAGUGUGUACCAUCACAACUACAACUGUGGCAGCGCUGUGCAUCACUUAAAGCUGGUUCUAGCCCGGAUGAUGGAGUUGAGUUCUGCAGCUAGGCGCAGAGUCAGGGAAGUGAUUGAGGCACUGUCUCCUGCUGCGAGUAAUGUGGCAGAUAGUCCCAUUCAAAGACAGUUGUUCGAAGCUUCCCCAAGUGGUGCCAAGGCUGAGUUUCUGGAAAGGAAGCGAAGAGCUCGUGAGAAGAACCGAGAACUGAUGAAGGCGAUGCAACAGAGACAAGCGAAGUUCUUGGAAGCUAAUUACGAAGAUGUGAUGGCAUCUGCCAACGAGCAGAACUCCUCUAACAGUGAAGAUGGAGGGGCUUCAUCGAGAAAGUGUGUCAUUUGCAACCAGAACACCAGUCCCUCUCUCGACGAAGCAAUGAAUAAUAAGGAUACACCUACGACCAAAUCCAGUGAUUCAACUGACUAUUUUGUCAUCAUGUCAAUGGCUCAAAUUUCAAAUGUUCUGUCCAAACGAAGAACGGGCAGUAGUAGGACAGACACUGAGCAGGAAGCAUCAUCGAAACAGACAGCGGGUGGUGCAAGUCCACGUGAGGAUAUGGACAUUGAACACAAAACUAUCAAUGAGGAUGGGGACGAGGAAGAGGAGAUCAGUCUCGCACCCAACACAGUGGCAGAUUUGUACAAGCAGCGACUAGCAGACUACCUCAAACUGUUUCCUGGUCAAUUGGUAUCGACCGGACUUCUGGACGCGUGUGUCAGUCCAGCCGGGGUACUCAGCGUCUCAAUGUGUGACCAUGUAGCACAUAACACCUGCAUUAGCAAAUACAAGGCCACAUUGCAUAUACACGAUGAUGAUGAUGUCAGCUCUAACAGAUUCUCCUCCCGUAUCUUCAGCUGUCCAGUGUGCCGCAAGAGAUGCAAUUUCACAGUGCCUAUUCUCACCUCCCGUCACGAUCAAAACAUCCACCACGCCAGAGGAACCCAUUUCGACAAAGUGUUGAAGGAGUACUGUGAACAGUAUGUCACAGCAGAGGUCAACAAAGUGCUCCCGGAGGCCCCCCUGGAUGGAUGUGCGAGGAGGGCCAUGUUCAGUGACGACCCAUUGUACCCUUUGGCACUGAUGUUGUACUACCCUCUGCUGUUCGAACUGGUGUCAACCGAUAAUAUUCUCAAGGAUAGAAGUAACUCGACCAACACAGAAACAUUUUCUAGUUUUUAUAACCUGGCCUUGAAUAUACGCAGAUAUUAUUUGUCACUGGGAGAGGGACAAAAUAGCUUAUCAGAUUGGGAUCGCCUCUUUCCAGAUUCGUUUCUGAGGCUGGCCGCCAACUUCAUUAAAACAGAUUUCUUUUCUGAUACAGCUAAAAUCAUUGACGAUCUCGUGGCGAAAAUGUUGAAUGAGGAGCUGGUAAAACAAUUAGUCAACUGGGCCUGUCAACUUUCGGACGAUGAGAGAAAUGCAUGGAUACACAAUUCUGCUAAGUCAGCCAAGCCAUCAAAUCCAACUAACGUAAAAACUGUUUUGAACAGCAUCGGAGCUGUGUUGGAAGCAUUCUCACAGACGUUCUCAGUUGGUUCGAUACCGGGAAAUGAUCAAUUGGCUUUUCUUGGUGGAUCAAAUUCUUUGUCUCACUGCGCUCUCUCAGCAGUGAUCUGGUCGGAGCAGAGUUUGGAAUCGUUUCUUCAGGACCAGACCGAACACUUUAUUCUUCUCUCUGUCCUGUUCAAGAGCAGGUUGCUCAACAUACCUGUCAUGAGUCCCAAUCGAACAGCAAUGAGCCCACAGCAAUCAAGUACCUCAUCGCAUCUAGCAUAUUUCAACCUAAAUAAAUCCAAUCUGUUGGACCUGCCUUUCAAAGACGCUCACUCUGUCAUCAGAGACAUGUUCCAUGGCUUGAAGCACAACCACUCGAAACAUGUACAGCCUUCUUCAUUGCUGGAAAAAUGCAAGGAGCUGAUCAGGUGGCCUUCUUUGAAACCAUUUUUGCCUCCCAAAUUGAUAAAUCUCCCGGAUGACUACGAUUCACUAUACCGGAUGUACCGCAACAGAAAGUGUAGAAACUGUAGCCUGACGCCGGUCAACCUAUCUGUCUGUCUCAUAUGCUCAGAGUUGAUUUGUGUGCAAGAGCGGUGCUGCAAGAAGCGGGUUCGAAUCUCGACUGCGCGCAAUUUCACGGAGGAGUCGGUGCACUCGAACGAGGCCUCUUCACACGCUCUGUCUUGUGGGAACGGAGUGGGGCUGGUGCUGAUGUUGACGACGUCACAGGUGUUAAUUCUUUUCAACCACCUGGCAGCUAUUUGGGGUUGCCUGCACCUGGAUUCGCACGGAGAGGAAGACAAAGAGCUCAGGCGAGGUAAGCCUCUCUUUCUGAGUCGAGAGAGAUAUGAGAUGCUGAACAGACAAUGGACGCUGAUGAAGUUCGAUGGAGCUCACAUCAAAUGGUUCGCCCACGGAAACAAACUCUGAGCCUGAAACAAUUAGUAUCCGAGAUGAGUCCCUAAAAACUAAACACAAUAUGACUGAAAAGUAUCUGAAAACUUUUACGUUUUAACAUAAUUCAGAGUGCAUCAAGCAGAUUGUGCUAAAACAACUGAAAUGUUCUCUAGGGGCCGUCUAUCGUUUUGAUAAUUCGGUUAGUUGUAUGUACUUAUAGUCGAUGAACAAAGUCAACUAUCAUUUCAUCGCUUCUUCCAUUCAUUUGCUUUGCAUGUCUGUGCUAUCACUGUAGAUCCAAUAUCAUGAUUUAAAGUUUUAAAGGGUCAAUAAAUAAAAAGCCAAUCAAGAGGCAUUUAUAUUUCAAGUUGAGCUGCAUCUAGAUUGAAACUGAAGUUUUAAGGCAUGGAAAACUGAAACUUAUUGUUAAAGUAAGGUGAUUCUGAUCAACAUUUUUUUAUUCGAAUCACUUUGACAUCUGAAUGUGUUGCUUUUUUAGAU